AUGUUUGCUACGAAAGAUUGCUCUAAAAGUCUGGAGUCGUGCCUUCGUUGUGACGAAACAGGUUUUAAGUGCCUGAAGUGCAAACAUUUGAUCGUUUUUGAAACAAGAAAUUGUGUCAAAAGCUGUCCGAUGGGAUACACGAGUCAGUGGUCCACAUACGAUGAUUACAUGGGUCAAAUUUGCGUCGAAACAUCAUUUGCUGCAAGUUUAGGAUUUACCGGGGAAACGUCAGCUGUUUUAGUCGGAUCACUUACCGGGUUGAUACUUUGUCUGGGAGCUUUGUUGGGAGGAUGCAUUUACAUACGAAGAAGAAGAAUCAAAGCUUUGGCCACGAUGGAUGAAAAUUCAGAUUCGACGAUGAUAAUGACUCCUCUCCAUCAACAAGGAGAAUUUCUUCGUGAAAUUUCACUUUUGCGUCACGAGGCUCCAGUUUUUUUAUCAAUGUUGAACGAAACGAGACGACAAGUUCGAGAAAUAGCAAGGACGAAAUUGACCAACAACAAACGAGAUUCGGCGAGUCAGGCAUACAGACCAGUACUUAGGGACUUGUACGUGAUACUAAUUCUUUUGAACAAGCCCGAAGAGAAAAUAACGAAUCCGCCCCAAGACUGGAGAAAGUUAAUUUCGUGGGGAGAAAGAGUUUUAAAGCGGUACAAGCGACAGCAUAAUUUAGACGCGCCCGUCGGUCAAUUAGUCACGUUUUUAGAUGUACCUGAACAACAGCACCAGAACGGAAGUCGAGUUUCACUUUUUCAACCCUAUUGCACGUUGAGCACGGUGAGCACGAACACGUUGACAUCCACGGUCAGUCGAAAAUUGAAAAACGCGUUGAAUUCGAAAAGCGACGGAGGGGUAAAAGAAGAGCCUAAGGAAACGUCGCUUUUAAAAGAGAAUUUGAACGGUUCGAAUGGAACAACGUAUCCGUUACCCGGAGACGAUAUAAGUUUUAGCAAUUUGAACAGGUUUUCGUACAGGGAAAAUAAUUUCGAUAAUUGGGACGAAGAUCACACAAUAUUAGCAGAAUGGUCAGCUAGUCAAGAAUAUUCAUUCGAAGAUGAUUUCAUUAGGCUGGGAUUUAGGCCUCAGGAUGAAAUAACCACAGAACUUUCCUUAGUGAGAAGGUAG